GACUGCAGAGUAAAGUUUCCUCAGAGAGACCCUGAAGAAGUUAUCUGCAGCUCCCGCGGCCCGAGCAUGCUGAGCAGCGCGUUUCAGAGGAGCCUGGCUCUGCUCUUCUGCUCUCAGGUGGCGCUGUGCUCCGUGGCGCGUCCGCGCUGCCCCGCGGGCUGCCGCUGCCCGGAGGACCCCGCCGUGUGCGCGCCCGGCGUGCAUCCCGUCCCGGCGGAGUGCGCGUGCUGCAGAGUGUGCGCGAGACAGCGCGGAGAGACCUGCUCACAGCGCGCGCCCUGUGAUGCCCGGAGAGGGCUCCGCUGCGACCGCAGGAGCGGGGUGUGUGUAGCAAACAAAGGAGACUCCUGUAUGUUCAAUGGUGUUGCCUACCACAAUGAGGAGACCUUCUUCCCAAGCUGCAGCUAUCAGUGCAUGUGUAGAGAGGGCCAGAUCAGCUGCGUGCCACGGUGUAACCUGGACGUGAUGCUCCCAGGUCCUGACUGUCCUUAUCCAAGAAAGGUUCAGGUUCCGGGAGAAUGCUGUGAGAAGUGGGUGUGUGAACCUCCCACUGAGUCCAGUGUGCUGGGUGCCUUGGCCAUGGCAGCAUACAGACAGGAGGAGACGGUGGGCUUUGACCAGUGGGAUCCCAGUGUGAACUGUAUUGAACAGAUCACAGAAUGGAGCGCCUGUUCACGGACAUGUGGCAUGGGCGUCUCCACCAGGGUGACCAACAAAAAUCCCCGGUGUGAGAUGGUGAAACAGAGCAGGCUAUGCAUGGUGCGGCAAUGUGAAGGUCUGAAGGAGCAGAAAGCCACUCAGCAGCGAGGGAGCAAGUGUCUCAAGAUCCAGAAAAGCACUAAGGCCAUCCACUUCUCUUUCAAGAACUGCACCAGCACUCAGGCCUUCCGGCCUCGCUUCUGCGGCCAGUGCGGCGACGGCCGCUGCUGCACACCACACAGUACCAAAACAGCUCAAGUGGAGUUCCAGUGUCUAGAGAACAGAGUGACCAAGAGGCCUGUGAUGUUCAUAAACACCUGCGUGUGCCACCACCACUGCCCACGGGACAACAUGGCCCACCAGCCCUCUACCGACACUGGCUACGACGGCCUCCAGCUCUGAGAAUAGGCUUCUCUGAAGAAAACGUGUGUCUACAGUGCAGUUUAGAUAAAGGCACUUAUUCUUCACAGAGUAAUGUUUGUACUUUUGUAGAGGGAGAGCUGCAGACAGACAUGGUUUAGGAGUGUUGUACCAAAUCUCUGCUUGCUGAGAGUCGCAAUGUGAAACGCUGCACACCGAUCAGCCAUAACAAUAAAACACCUGCCUGUUAUAGUGUAGGUCCCUCUCGUGCUGCUAAAACAGUUCUGAUCCAUCCUCUCAACUUUAAAACCUAACUAAUUUGUAAGGUGUGACUUCCUUCGAUCACAUCAGUGGGAUAAUAGUUUACCAUUUUUCAUUCUUUGUAUUGCUUUUGGUUGAUUUUAACCAGGAAAAGCCCACAAGACCUGCCUGAUUUUUCGGAGAUGUUCUGAUCCAAUCAUCUAGCCAUCCCAGUUUUUCCUUUGUUAAAGUCUCUUAAACCCUUAAAAUACCCUGUCCUGGAUACAGGCUACAGGUGUAGAUCAUACAAAACCCUUUUGUCUGCAGUAAAAUAACUUAUUUACGUUCUGAAAAUUCUACAGGACACUUGGAGAAGCUGCCUGUUCACUCUCUACUCCACUGAAUAAUUUCAGAUCAGUAACAGAAAUUAACCCAAAUUCUGCAGGUUUGAAAAUAGGCACAAAAACUAGACAAAACUAACAAACUAAAGGUUUAAAGGACAUUAACUGGUUGAUUUGUGUUUAGGAAAAUAUUGAUUUAGAGAUUUUGACAUUAGCAGAUUUAAUUAUAUAUUUUUAAAUAUUUUCUACUACAAUUAUGCUUUUCAGUAAUGUUCCUUAUCAAACAAGAAAACUUUUUAUGUAAUGCUUGAGUAGAAAUCCUCAAGAUUUAGUGGUGUAAUUUCAGGCAGACGAUUGACAAAAAUCCUGGCCUGUUACGGGGUUAAACUAAGAUACUUGCGCUUGCCUGUUUUUUCUGCCUCCAACAAACCAAUUUCAAGAACUGACUGUUCACUUGCUACCUAAAACAGUAUGUAGAUCCCACCCAUUGACCAGAGCCAUUGUGCAGGGAUAAUAAAUGCUAUUCACUUUGCUGUACAUCUGUGGGUUUAAUGUUAUGGCUGAUCUGUCUGAAUGCAGACUCUCUCUGAAUGUUCUGAUUGAGGGCUGCGUGCAUUUUUACACUGUGGGUCAAACUUAGUGUCAGAUCUUGUCAGCAAAGCUUCACCAUUGUGUUUUUUUAUUUGAACUGUGUGGUACAUCAUGUUAAUCUGUGUGGGUUGUAGCCUCCAUCCUGCCCCAGAGAUUUCCCCAGUCUGAUUUCCACACCCCAGUUUGGCAGGUAUAGAACACAGUAGCAAGCAAAAAAUGUUCUGCAGCUGUGGAAACGGGUGAGCUGGCUAUUUUUCUGCUGAUCAGGUAAUCACUGACCUUCAGUAAGGUUUAUUAACCAUAGUUACGCAAUUUACCUUUACCACUAGUGUAGGAGAUACAGGCAUUUUGGACAUUGAAGCGUAUAUAUAUUUACUGAACAGCUACAGAGUAAGACUCGUCGUUGUUUGCCACUGUGAGUCAGUCUGCCAAUCCGCAUGAGCUUUGUGCCUGUGGAGGAGCAGUCAUGGCAGAAAACUCAAUUCAGUGUUUGGAAAUUGGAAUUUCACACACCUGCUCUCAUUUAUUAGUGAUUUGAUGCUUUUACUGUAUAUUAUUUUAACUAUUCAAGUUAGAACUGAUCCUAAGUCUGCACGCCUUCUCUGAGGAGUAAGGUACACACAGUACAAUUCCUGGACUGUGGACUUUUUCCAGAAAUGUCCCAUAAAUUCCAGUAGUGGACAGUUUGUAUAAGCAUGACCCCUCCCAGGCCCUGUCUCAUGACGGACUGAGAGUGUGCACUGUGUGUGCAGGUCACAGGUCACUCACAUAGCGGGGUGACAUUCUCCUGUGUUCAUAUUUGUUUUUUUUCUCUGUGGUAAAAAGAAGGACUUGAGCAAAGUCUUUUCUUAUCUUUUGUGAGUGAGUGAGGGUCUUUCUCUGAGUUAAGAGAAAUGUCUGAAAGACUGCCCCUUGGCAUGUGUAAACCUGCUUCUCUUAUGUGAGCACAGGGAAUGUCUGCAAAUAUAUGCGUUUGUCUGUGUCUGUCCUUCUCACUUGUGGUGUGAGAAGAAUCUGUAGGCUAGCGUUUGUAUGUGCUCGUAUGACUCGACUGUAGUUUCACACAGCUUUUUACACAGUGACGAUGAUGACUUGUAUUGUUUUCAAUAUGAAUUUCUUAAUAAACAUGUAUUUUUCUAUA